AAAAAAAAUGCGAAUGAAGAUAUGAGAGAAUAGGGUUAGGGUUGUCCAUAAAUUGAGGUGUUCUGCCUGACGAUGUACGCUGAUCAAGUGGAGGCUCGAGGUAAUAGGUCAAUUAAGGACCGCCUUAACGGGAAUUUCGCCUCCGAUUCCGGUCGCAGGCGUUCUAUAUCCGGAAAGAGGCAGAGAGUAGAUGAUGACAAAUGGGAGCAUGAUCUUUAUGAGGACAGUGCAGCCCAAGUAUCAAGUAAUGUGAAUGUUUCCAGCCGAAGGGUUGGUGUGAGAGAUCUUCGUUCCAAGCUGCAAAGGAAGAGCAUCGAGCAAGCUAAUAAAAGCGUGAAAGGAUCUGUUUCUGGAGGUGCAAGGGAUUUACGUGAGAAGUUAUCUGGUAUAAUGAACUCUCAUCCUGCCGAACCCAAUAGACCUACUCGGAAAAGUGUCAUAGCCAAAGUCUCUGUGUUGGAGAAAAAGGUGGCGGGUUCGCUCUCAAAGAAAAAGGGUCAACAAAAGGUUGGGACAGUUGAUAACAUCUUGCAAUCCUUGGGUCUUGAGAAAUAUUCAAUUACGUUUCAGGCUGAAGAAGUCGAUAUGACAGCCCUCAUGCACAUGACUGAUGAGGACCUGAAAGCUUUGGGAAUUCCAAUGGGUCCAAGAAAAAAGAUACUUUUAGCAAUGGAGUCGAAAUCUGAUGUGUAAGUGGGGAUACAUGGCCAUUUUUGGGCUUCCUUGGAUAGUCGAGUGACAUCGGUUGCCUGGUCAUUCCUUGUGCCAGCCGACUUAAUUUUGUUUUUGCACGACUCGUGAUGCUCUUGGAGUGGCUUUAAGUAGCCUGCGGAAAGCAAUUGAAAGAGCUGUAUCAUUGUAACUGAAAUAUGAAUCAUUGACAACCAAAGUCCUUUCGGUUUAUUUACAAUCACAUAUCUGGCUUUUGGUUUGUAUAUUAAAAGUUUGGCUUUAUUUACAAUCACAUAUCUGGUUUUUGAAUGAGAAUCAUAUUUAGUCAAAAUUGUUUAUUUGUGUUUUUA